GCUCCCCACCAUUCUCGUGCAUCUUGGAUGAAGUUCUGGCGGCGGCAUAAACACGAAUUAAACCGGACAGAAACCGAUGAACCACUACCGAACCCACCAGAGAAGAAGUUGAGAUACAGUCGUGCUGAUGAUAUUUUGCUAGCCCGAUAUUUCUAUGGAAAACCUGAGGGAACGUCUGACAAAAUAUUUCAGGCCUUCGGCCGUCUCCACCCUCACCAUCCCUGGAAAGGAUGGCAAGAACACCACCGAAUACAUAAAGCCAAAAUUGAUCAUUUCAUUCAACUACUAGGUAGCGGAGAAACAAUAGACGAAACUGAGCCAAAUCCUCCAGAGGCUUGAGGGGUCAGAUAUGGGGGAAAAUUCAAUGUUUUGAUGCAUAAACUCACACACACAA